UAGUUGGCAGUACCGCUACACGUGCGCAAAUGUAUCGCUCAGCUAAAGAUAUAAAGAGGUUAAAGAAUCAUCAGCAUCAUCUUUAACUAUAGCCACCUAAAUCUAAAAUAUGGUUCGAGUGAUUUUCAAAUCAUAAAUGACGUGUUACUCUGGAAGUGCGUGUCUACGAAGAAAUCUUUUGCAAUAUUUUACGAAUACUCGCGAAAUGUCGAAACAGGGAUCAAAGAAAGCUGGAAAAAGUAAAAAAGCUACAGUUAACGAGGAACCUAAGGGACCCAUAAGUUUAGAUAAAAAUGGAAAUGUUACUAUAAAAAUACAAGCAAAACCUGGCGCAAAACAUAAUAAUAUAACAGAUAUUUCUGAGGAUGCAGUGGGCGUCGCAAUAUCCGCACCUCCGGUUGAAGGUGAAGCAAAUACAGAACUCGUGAAAUACCUAGCCUCCAUAUUGGGAAUGAGAAAAUCCGACGUAUCGUUAGAUAGAGGUUCAAAAAGUCGACACAAGGUGAUAAUAGUAUCUGGAACCACAGUGGAAAAGGUCUUAGAAAAAUUAAAGGGAGAAAUAGGAACUUGAAAAUAGUAACAAUUAACGCACUUCUAUCUUUUGUUAGAACAACUACUUUUUUAAUGUAUACAUAUAAUGUCACAUUCCUUUCAUUUUGAUAAGUCAUAUUUACUAUACAUAAAUAUGGCAAUCACGUCAAUAUAACAUGUUCAAUUAAUCUAUACAAUAAAAAAGUAACUUUA